AAAGAUCAUGGAAGCCCGCGAGCUCAAGUUUGCCAUCUUCAAGGACCUCUGCGGGACGCGGGAGCUCGGUCGAUGGAAGCGCUACUGGGGCGCCUUCCAGAAGUACAUGCGACUGCAACUCUCGCUGGGCGAGCUCCAUGCGGUCGUCGCGUCCGAGCUCUCGCCGCGCCAGCGGCGACUGCACAACCGACUGGUCGUCCUGCUGCUAAGCCGCGCCCAUGCGAGCGCCGCUGCGGCCAAGGGAUCGGUCAUUCAGGCAGCCCCAUCGAAUAUCGAUGACCUCGCAGAUCCGCCGACGCAUCCGACGACGGCCGACCGCCUUGUCGAGACGCACGAGCAGGCCAUGGCCCAACUGCUUGGCAUCAUGGUGAACGAGCCCGCCUCCAGCGAUCACGAUGCCCAAGCGACGGCCGACUUGAGUUUUCUCGCCGACCUGGCUUGCCCCUCGCCGCGUCCGUCGCCAACAUACGACGCGACGCCAGCGCCAAUGGCCUUGGCCAGCAACGACGCUGCCUUGGCCGGCUACCGCCUUCAUGCACCGUCGGGGGGUCUCAUCUACUCCGCUUCGAUUCCGCCAUACGCCGAAGGACCACCGGUGGAGCACAAGGCGAUCCCACUCGAGCUCAUCAUGCAGCAAGCAGCGCUCCAAGCUGGCCUUCAUCGCGUCGAACCCGGUGCCAUGACCGCCUUUGCCUCGGCCGUCGAGAGCUACAUGGAGGACGUCACAGAUGCGCUGUUGAGCCAUAUUGCGUCGUCCAACGACUCGCCUCUGCGACGGAUUGCCCCAGAGCACUUGGUGGCAGCAACCAUCUCGCACCCUCAGCUCAUGCACCCGACCGCACCCGUCGUUCGGGAGCGGGCGAUUAGCGCCCUCGAGAACCGCUUCUAAAGAGAGGUUAUGCAUGGUAUGUAU